AUGCCGCUGCCCGUCCAGGUCUUUAACUUGCAGGUACAGGGCAAAUCUGUGUUAGGGCUCGGAGGCUUGGAAGGUCGGGACAGGAUGAGGAAUAGUUCAGUAUCCAGUUCAGCUUCUUCAUCAGUGGCAGAUCUGACAGGUCACACCUCUUCCUCUCGAGUACAGCUUGAAGUGCAGGAGAAUUCAGCUUUGAGUGCCAGUUUAGUAGCUUACUCUGCAUUUGACCUCAUUUUGCUGUUCCAGGGUGCAGUUGAGCCGAUGCAGAUUGACGUGGAUCCACAAGAAGAUCAGCAAAAUGCACCUGAUAUCAACUAUGUGGUGGAGAACCCCACUCUGGACUUGGAGCAGUAUGCCUCCAGCUACAGCGGGCUGAUGCGGAUCGAGCGGCUGCAGUUCAUUGCUGAUCACUGCCCACAGCUGCGGGUGGAAGCUCUCAAGAUGGCACUGUCAUUUGUCCAGAGAACUUUCAACGUUGAUGUGUAUGAAGAAAUCCACAGGAAGUUGUCUGAGGCCACCAGAGAACUGCAGAAUACACCUGAUGCUGUCCCUGACAGUGGAAUUGAACCCCCUCCUCUUGACACAGCUUGGGUGGAAGCUACACGCAAGAAAGCUCUUCUUAAACUGGAGAAACUCGACACAGAUCUGAAAAAUUACAAAGGGAACUCCAUCAAGGAGAGUAUCAGGAGAGGCCAUGAUGACCUGGGUGACCACUACCUUGACUGUGGGGACCUCAGCAACGCUCUCAAGUGUUACUCUCGAGCCCGUGAUUACUGCACCAGUGCUAAACACGUUAUCAACAUGUGUCUGAAUGUCAUCAAGGUCAGUGUCUACCUCCAGAAUUGGUCUCAUGUUCUGAGCUAUGUAAGCAAGGCUGAGUCUACACCAGAAAUUGCAGAACAAAGAGGGGAAAGAGACAGCCAGACACAAGCAAUUCUCACCAAACUGAAAUGUGCAGCAGGCUUGGCAGAACUGGCUGCUCGGAAGUACAAACAGGCAGCAAAGUGCUUCUUGUUGGCAUCAUUUGAUCACUGUGAUUUCCCUGAGCUGUUAUCUCCUAGCAAUGUGGCUGUCUAUGGUGGUCUCUGUGCCCUUGCUACCUUUGACCGUCAGGAACUACAACGAAAUGUUAUCUCCAGCAGCUCCUUCAAAUUAUUUUUGGAGCUGGAGCCACAGGUUCGUGAUAUCAUCUUCAAGUUUUAUGAAUCUAAAUAUGCUUCGUGCCUGAAGAUGCUGGAUGAGAUGAAGGACAACCUGCUGCUGGAUAUGUACCUUGCGCCUCACGUCAGGACGCUUUAUACCCAGAUUCGAAAUCGUGCCCUUAUCCAGUACUUCAGCCCCUACGUGUCAGCAGAUAUGCGCAAGAUGGCCACUGCCUUCAAUACCACAGUGGCUGCUCUGGAAGAUGAACUUACUCAGCUGAUCCUGGAGGGACUGAUCAAUGCCAGAAUAGACUCUCACAGUAAGAUUCUUUAUGCUCGAGACGUAGAUCAGCGCAGCACAACCUUCGAGAAGUCUUUGCUGAUGGGCAAAGAGUUCCAGCGCCGUGCCAAAGCCAUGAUCCUGCGAGCCGCUGUCCUGCGCAACCAGAUACACGUCAAGUCUCCUCCAAGAGAGGGUAGCCAAGGGGAGCUCACUCCAGCUAACAGCCAGUCCAGGAUGAGCACCAACAUGUGAAAAACUUCAUGCACUACCAAAAGAAAUGGUCCCUCCAGGACUGUACCCAGUGUCUCACCCACUAACUGCUGAGCUUCACAAACUCUCCCUGUCUCCCUCACUUCUUGCUUGGAUUCAGAGGGUCAGGGCUGAU